AUGGCAAACCGGUGGUGGACCGGGCAGGUAGGUCUACCGGGAUUGGAUACCUCGGUUAGCUCAUCCCCGAUGAAAAAACCAGAUCUGGGUAUAUCCAUGAAUGAUAAUAGUAUAACCGGAAACAGUGGAGGUGGAAACGAAGAAGAUGAUGAAAGAGAGAACAGCGACGAGCCUAGAGAAGGUGCGAUUGAAGUAGCUACUCGCAGGCCAAGAGGUCGUCCACCUGGCUCCAAAAACAAGCCAAAACCGCCUAUAUUUGUCACUCGAGAUAGCCCUAAUGCGCUUAGGAGCCAUGUCAUGGAAGUAUCAAAUGGUGCUGAUAUUGCUGAGAGUGUAGCUCAAUUCGCUAGAAGGCGACAGAGGGGUGUUUGCGUGCUUAGCGGCACCGGCACAGUGACCAACGUCACACUCCGCCAGCCAUCUGCCCCUGGUGCAGUCAUGGCGCUACAUGGCCGGUUUGAGAUUCUCUCAUUGAAUGGUUCAUUUCUCCCUGGACCGGCGCCACCUGGGGCGACAGGAUUGACCAUCUAUCUAGCCGGGGGGCAAGGACAAGUGGUGGGCGGCAGCGUGGUUGGUCCACUUAUGGCAUCUGGGCCUGUAAUGGUGAUGGCGGCUACGUUUUCCAAUGCUACAUAUGAAAGAUUGCCUUUGGAGGAUGAAGAGGAAGGCGGUGGCCCGGGCCACGGGCAAGUUGCAAGUAGUGGUGGUGGUGGUAGUGGAAGCUCACCGCCUGGAAUUGGCGGUGGUGGAGGGCAGCAACAAGGUGGGAUGGGGGAGUCCUCAUCUUUGCCUAUUUAUAAUUUGCCUCCCAAUUUGCUUCCAAAUGGUGGACAGUUGAACCAUGAAGCUUAUUCUUGGGCUCAUGGCCGGCCACAAUUUUAG